AUGGCACGAUUAUUGGAGGACAUGUCUGUCGAUUUGUUUCCGCUGAGAGCUUGUGAAGGCCAAUGGGGUGCAAGAUUGAUCAUGACCGAAGCCUUCAGACGUACAAGCACAGAUACAACCCCCAAAAAACAAACUAUAGCUGAAUCAAGUGUAUCAUCCCUUGGAGCUUCAAGACUUACAAUAAGCCAACCAUCAACUAUUCAAGAAGCGGAGAGUAGUCGCAGCGGCCAACAGAGAAUUGCAUGUACAAGCGAGCAUCAUUACCAUCACCACCACGUAACAUAUAUGCGGCAGACGACUCAUCCAAGUGACAGUGAAUCAGCGCAUGAGAAUGAGCCUGUACAGACAACAGCGGAGAAGGUUUAUCGAGAUGAUUUUGAGGAUACCAAUGAAGAAGACCAAAUCGAAAACGAGGUUGAAGAAGAAGAGAAGACCAACAAGAAGCUGUCAAGGUUAUUCUUGCUCAUGGUUGUUUCUUAUAAACACUCUGCUAAUCCAAGCCAUUAG